GGAGCGGUUUGGCGGAGACACAGGGCCGCUCAGAGGCCGCCGCGAUGCUCCCUUCCUUGCAGGAGUCGCUGGAUGGAGAUGAAAAGGAACUAGAGAGCAGCGAAGAGGGAGGUUCAGCCGAGGAGCGGAGACUCGAGCCGCCGUCCAGCAGCCACUACUGUCUUUACAGCUACCGCGGAAGCAGAUUGGCACAGCAACGAGGGGACAGUGAUGACGGAAGCCCAAGUGGCACAAAUGCAGAAACUCCCUCUGGUGAUGAUUUCAGCCUCUCCUUGGCAGAUACUAAUCUACCAUCCGAAGUGGAGCCAGAGCUGCGCAGUUUCAUUGCUAAGCGUCUUUCAAAAGGUGCAGUCUUUGAAGGGCUGGGUAAUGUUGCAUCUGUGGAGCUAAAAAUUCCAGGUUACCGAGUUGGUUGUUAUUACUGCCUUUUCCAAAAUGAAAAACUGCUUCCUGAAACAGUAACAGUAGACUCUGAACAUAACCCUUCAGAAUAUGUGGUCUGCUUUUUAGGAGGGUCUGAAAAAGGACUUGAGCUUUUCAGGCUUGAAUUGGACAAGUACAUUCAAGGGCUGAAAAAUAACAUGAAUUGUGAGGAAAGGGGCCUGGAGAGUCACAUAAAAUCCUAUCUGAGCAGCUGGUUUGAGGAUGUUGUAUGCCCAAUCCAAAGGGUUGUUCUUCUCUUUCAGGAAAAGCUUACCUUUCUGCUACAUGCUGCUUUGAGUUACACUCCUGUUGAAGUUAAAGAAUCAGAUGAAAAAACAAAGAGAGACAUUAACAGGUUUCUGAGUGUGGCCAGUCUUCAAGGACUUAUUCAUGAAGGCACCAUGACUUCUUUGUGCAUGGCCAUGACAGAGGAGCAGCAUAAGUCUGUGGUCAUCGAUUGCAGCAGCUCCCAGCCUCAGUUCUGCAAUGCAGGAAGUAACCGGUUUUGUGAGGAUUGGAUGCAAGCUUUUUUAAAUGGUGCUGAAGGAGGUAACCCUUUUCUUUUCCGACAAGUACUGGAGAACUUUAAACUAAAGGCCAUACAAGACACAAACAAUUUGAAGAGAUUUAUCCGACAGGCAGAAAUGAAUCAUUAUGCUUUGUUUAAAUGUUACAUGUUCCUAAAGAACUGUGGUAGUGGAGAUAUACUUUUGAAGAUUGUUAAAGUGGAACAUGAAGAAAUGCCUGAAGCCAAAAAUGUGGUAGCUGUCCUUGAAGAAUUCAUGAAAGAAGCUCUUGACCAAAGUUUUUGAUCGUAUGUUUUGAGAUAACUGUAUGAUCAAAUAUAUUUGUAUAUUAAGUCUUACUGUUUGAAAUUGCAGUUAUAAUUGUUCAUAGGAUUGCUAUUUAAGAUGAUUUGAAACUCAGUACAGAUUUUCUUUUCGUAUUUUACCAAUUUAACUUAAACAAAAAUCUGAGGAACAUCUUCA